AAUAUUUUUUCCCUGCUUAUAUUUAAUGAAGCAUAUGAAGACCAACGUACUCAUUUUCCCGUUAUACCGAAGAUGUAGCUUUUUUCUAGUUGUUUGGUACUUUGUGUAUUGUACGAAAAUUGUCAAUCGAGUCACGGAAGCAAUGGAUCUCAUGAAGAAUUCAUGCCAUAGUUCUUUAGGACAUAUUGGACAUAAUUGGCCUUUAGGAGAUCAUGGAAAUGCUAUUUUCUUUAAUUAUUAUAGAACAUCGUAUAAUAGCAUCGAAUCACGUAGUAGGAAUAAUGUGAUUCCUAACUGUAGGUACCGAAUUACAUUCAUUGGUCCAAUGAGGAAUAAUGGCUCAUUGUCAAGAUGUUAUAGUGGUUAUAGAAGUUCGGACGAUGCACAACAUGUGCAAUCCAUUGCAGCAAAAGGAUCUGAUGCCUAUAAAAAUCAUCAACCGAUUGUAGGUGGUGAUAUAGAUUCGCCACCAGGGAUUCUGCACAGCACGGACUCACCAGAAAUACGCCAAUUCACUCGUGAUAUGUGGGAUCAAAGGGUCCCACUGAAAGAAGCUGUUGAGCGUUUGACACUACUAGAUGAAGUGCAACCAGGCCAUGUAAUGGACAAUUUCAUGAACCCUGCACAUCCUAAUGAAUAUACGAAGGAAAAAUCGCAGCCAAACGAGGAGAAACUAGAAUCGGAAUCUAAUCUUAUUCACAGCGAGGAUAGCAUUACCCAUAAUCCUACUAACGAGGACACUUCAAAUACAUCCAAAAAUGAGUCGAGUGUAGAAAGUUGUAAGGUACCGGGAAUAAGGGCUCCAACCGAGUACAUAGAUGAAGAAACGUUCAUCAAUGAAACCAGAGGUUUCAAUUACAAUCCCACUGAAGAAUUUGAAUCAUCGGAUGAGGAAGACUCAGAUGAUGAAUAUGAAGUCAACUAUGCAGCUCUCACAUCUAAUGAAAAGGAGUUAAUAUGUACUUUAUUGGAAAGUAAAAUUAAAGAACCUUCGGCGCAUAAAGAAAUUAUUGAAGAACUGUCCAAGGCAAACUUAGAAGGGAUGACUGAAGAGGAAUGCAGAGGGUAUUUCGAUAGGUUUGAGCGUAUCGGUAACGUAAUAAUGGAACUAAGUAAGACCGUUAACAUUAACCCACUGGAGACGAACUGGAUAUCCAUAAUAGACACAAGAAUACGAAAAUUUAUAACUAAUAUGAAAUACAAAGUGGCAUCAAUAAGGUAUACUAAACACGACAUCAUUGUGGAGAUCAAGGACGUAAUUACAGAAGACGAAACUGACGGCCUUCAUAAAUCCCUGACUGAGUUUAUUUAUUAUAAAGCUGGAAUAUAUAUAUGUCCGCGAAUCAAGAAACUCGGCUUGCUACUCUACACAGGAACACCAGACGAAUCUGAAUAGCUUAAUUAAUGUGUAAA